CUAGAAUGAUCUUGAUCUCCUGACCUCACGAUCCAUCCGCCUUGGCCUGCCAAAGUGCUGGGAUUCCAGGUGUGAGCCACCGCACCCGGCCCUAUUUAAUCUACUUUCAUGCAAACACUAUGGGCUAGACAGAGCAGAAGGCCUACAUUUCUGGCUUUUAGGAAAUGCAGGAUUAGAGGGGGAAGGAAUUCUUUCCAGGCGAUAUGGCUGCAGAAAGCAGCAGCCAGUCUCAAGCCCAGCUCUUCUGAUUCAAAUCCGGUCUUCCUUCCACGAUGCCACAGUUAUGUGCUUGGAGUCCUGGAACGCAGCACGGGAAGGACCCCUGUAUGUUCUGCAGGGUUCAUGUCCAGACAUUUCCUGAAGGAGAGUUCUGCCUUCCUCCACAGUGGCUGGAAUCCCAAGGCUGUAAAAGGUCACUUUUAUCCAAGAAGCCCAGGAUGCCUCCCACAGGAAAUCUCCACGGAUGAUUAUGGGCCUUAGGAAUGAUGAGGAAUUAGAACUCUCAGGAGAUACAACUGAGGCAUCAGAAAUACCAAAUGAAGGGACUGUUCUACAUUUGGUCACAUUUGCUGCAGUGACCACCACAGAAACAUUAACUGCAAAUAUGAAUUCUACCGACAUUGCCCCAAACGAAAAUCAGUUAGAGUUUAUACUAAUGGUGUUGAUCCCAUUGAUUUUAUUGGUCUUCUUACUUUUAUCCGUGGUAUUCUUUGCAACAUGCUAUAAAAGAAAAAGAACUAAACAAGAAUCUUCUAGCCAAGGAUCUCAGAGUGCUUUACAGACAUAUGAACUGGGAAGUGAAAACCUGAAAGUCCCUAUUUUUGAGGAAGAUACACCCUCUGUUAUGGAAAUUGAAGUGGAAGAGCUUGAUAAAUGGAUGAACAGCAUGAAUAGAAAUGCUGACUAUGAAUGUUUACCUACCUUGAAGGAAGAAAAGGAAUCAAAUCACAACCCAAGUGACAAUGAAUCGUAAACCUGAAUGGCACUCAUGUUUCCCAAGAGAAGCAGCCCCUGAGUGAGUCUGCUGGGCCUGCCAGAGGAUGAAGAGGAUAUGAAUUUAAUUAAUUUCAAAUCAACAUAGACACAAGGACCUUUUGCUGUUUCUUCCAAUGCCCACUCUUCCUAAUGAUGGCAUCACUUGUACCUGGAAGAAUGUGCAGUUGAGAAGUACUAGGAGAAGGCCUGGCUGCCAUCCAUUGCUGCCUCCGAGGGCGGAGAAGGAGGCGGGUGAUGUGCUCACUUCUGAUCAAUGGGUGUUGCCUCCUCUCAGCCUAUUGAUUCUAGCUCACUGCUCUCACUCUGGUCAGGCUAAGUCUUCUUCUAGCUCACUGUUCGCACUCUGGUCGUGCUAAGUCUUCAUCACCUUUCUGCUUCAUUCCUAGGGUCUAAAUCAGGAAGCUGUUUUAUCAAUGGUUUCCUUUUGGGUCACUAACCAGCUUUGGAUAAUUUCCUCUGAUUAGUCAAGUCCUCAGACAGGUUAACUACAUUCAGCAGGAACUUUUCUUAAGGAGUGUUAAGUCAUGGAAAAGUCACCAAACACAGCAAGUGUUUUGAUGGAUACACCAUUAAGUCAGUAAGUCAGUAAGCUCUGCCUGCCAAGAAGACACAGUGAGAUGGUCCACAGUCCUGAUGAGAUGGCGUUUGGUAACUUGUAGAUGCUGACAUGGCCAGGUCCGGUCACAUUUGGGAACUUCUCAGAGAAACUAGGAAUCUUCAGUGAAAGAACUAAUGUUCUCCUCAGCUGAAAUUCCCUUGCUUGUCAGCAUUUCUGCAAAGCUCACACUUGUUUCACCACACCUCCCUUGUAUGUGCAGGUGGGGGUCAUCUGUCAGCCUCUAUGUUUCAGAGAUCCUUAAGGUGGUUUGAAACAAACAGAAGAGGAGCAGGAAAUAUCUGUGCCUGUGGUGGACAUCACUCAUCAUGCUUAGCAUUCUCUCCUGCCAAGCUGGGACAAGCCUCGUGUCCUAACACAGCACUCCAGGAGGUCUCUAUCAGUCCAUCAGAGAUGACAUUCUCUGUGAUAUUUUUAACAUCCUUGUGCUAAAAGCAAUGGCACAAAAUGGAAAAGGGUCCAUUGACCACACCUACUCAAAUGAAAUCGAUCUGCAUUUAUUCCUUAAUUUUCUAAAUCUGACUUUAAAGCAAUCUAGCAAAUUGAGAGUCCUCAGCUGUUCUUGGAUGCCUGAUAUUUUAUUCCAAGAAAGAGACAAAGAAGGAAAAAUCUAUAUAUUUUACUACCUACAUUUGAACUGAGGGGAGAUGGGGUUACCCAAACAUUUGCUGCUCAAUCUUGUGUCUUGUGCUUGAAAGUCUGCCCCAAGGCAUAACAAAAGCUACUCCUUUUCUUUCUUUUAGGAUCCCUUUAACAAGUAUUUGCCUUCUGAACUACAUGGAUAAUUUCAAAGGCAGAGUUUCAGACCAGAGAGAUCUUUCCAUACCAUGAAAGCUAUAACCAGCGGUUGUGUUUAACCACUGCUAUCACGCUAUCCUGGGACUGCAUAGAGCUUUGACAAAAGACAGACUUCACGGUCCAUAACUUCAACAGAUUUGUCUGUCAUAUUCUCACCAGCACAUCUGAAUGAGGCUUUGUGUUUUCCUUGCUCUCUUGCACGUUCAUUUUCAACUCAUGGCCCACAGAGAGUCUCAGAUAUUUAUGCCAAAAUUGCAUACAAUUUUUUUCUGAAUCAUAACUUGUCUAUUUUUCUGCCUGUGUGUGCUGCUUUUGGUUCGUUUCUCGUCAACAUUUUGACUCCCAGGAGAGCCUCCGUUUCCUUCUUUUUCUCUUUAGGUAUCUAAAAUCUUUGAACACUUGGCCCUCUACAUUUGAUCCAACUCUAUCAAAUAAUGAACUUUUGGAAGUUCAGAGAAGCAUCUGGGGUCCUAGAAUCUCAUGUUGAUGAAGCCAUUUUUAUAUGAUAAAUAUUUUCUCAUUCAGUAUUUUAAAUAAUUUCAAAUUCUAGAAGAAGAAAAUUUCAGCAACACAUCGAGUUUUUACCUGAUAAAGCUAUAAUUAUACAGUGUACAAAGCACUUUUUAAAAAUAUAGUUUAUUCUGUCAAGGUAUAUGAGGUAGUAUAUGGCCAGAACAGUCAAGCCUCAAUUCUUGUACCUUGUGCCUUUUUAUUACUGUUCAAUCAAUAGACACCAUAUGUUUACGGCAAUUUCAAGAAUUGUUUUUAAACCCAAACUUAAUUUUAUGUUUCAGACUAUUGUUAGUAUAAAACAAAAGCUCACUAACUUGCCCUAACUGGAUAGCCAAUCAGAACAAAAUCUGACUUUAGAAUAUGUAAAAUAUAUGUAAGUUUGAUUGCAUUUUUGUACAUUUUAGGCAAAGUAGGUUAACAACAUUGCCUGGUCAAACUUCUCAGGAAACUUGUUUUAAUAAAUAUGUAAAAAUAUCCAUUUGCAACUCUUGACCCAAUGGUGUGAUUCCUCCCUCUGGGAAGGGCUUUGUUACCUAAUGGGAGGCCACAGCCUGGAUCCACCUUGAUGUAGGUGGCACCUGGAUAACCAAGUGUGAUGAAGAUGAGUCAAACUGGUCUUCGGAAAAUAAUUUCAUAAUUUUUUUUUCCUCCCAGUUAUGCUAUCUAAUACAGGAGAAUCAAAAGUUGUAAAAUUAUUCUAUUUUUUAGAGACAGGGUCUCACUAUGUUGCCCAGGCCAGUUUCAAACUCCUGGGCUCAAGCAAUCCUCCUGUGUCAGCCUCCCAAAGUGCUGGGAUUACAGGCAUGAGCCACUGAGCCCAGCCAGGUAUAAAAUUAUUAUAUUCGUUAUUACUAUGUGCUAUUUCUCACCCUGACUUCUUUUUGUUUUUUUUGAGACAGAGUCUCACUCUGCCACCCAAGCUGGAGUACAGUGUCACGAUCUCCGCUCUCUGCAAAUCGCGCCUCCUGGAUUCAAGCAAUUCUCCUACCUCAGCCUCACAAGUAGCUGAGAUUACAGGCCUGUACUACUAUGCCCAGCUAAUUUUUGUAUUUUUAGUAGAGACAGGGUUUCAUUAUGUUGGCCAGGCUGGUCUCAAACUCCUGACCUCAAGUGAUCUGCUGGCCUUGGCCUCCCAAAGCUCUGGGAUUAUAGGCGUGAGCCACUGCACCCGGCUGCACCCUGACUUUCAUUGUAAUCUCUGGGUGGUUUAUGUAACACACCUGGGCAAUAGGGUUUAUGGCAGAAUUGGCCCUUGUGGUGCAGGCCUUCCAAGUUCCAAGUCUUAUUUUUAGUAAGUCUUCCUUUGUUCCAAGCCCUGGAUCCACCAAGUCCAACAACCUGGGUCCACCUUGUUAUUGACAGAGAGGCAGAUGCUUCUGCUGAUCACCACAGCUUUAACAAUGGAAAUGAAUGUGUUCAAAAAAAAAC